AAAGUUGACACAAUCUUUUAAUCAGCUUAUUUUAAGUGUACAUUAUAGUCAAGCAGAGAUCAUGACAUUGUAGAUUGUUUUAAGCUACUGUCGCAGAUUUGCUGUAACAUUAGCAUCAUCAGUACACAACCUCAUUUAGAUCGUUUAAAAUACACAAUCAAAUAAUUCAUUCAUUUACUACAGGGUCAAACUUAUAUGUAGUGAUGUGUAAACAGCAGUCCAGUGAAAACAUCUGUAGGAUAUGUGAGUACACUGGUACAUCUUUUGUAGACUGCUAUCAUCUUGCAACCAUUGUCGUGACAGCAUUUAUAUUGCGAGUCUGAGCAGCUGGAACACCAACAGAACAGCCCACCUCUUUACGUAGAGACCAGUCUUACUGGAGCACAGUGCAGUUACAGACAUUGCAGCCGUGCAGCCAUACUGUACACACAAAGAUGAUCUUCACCUUGAUAACAGCUUUGAUCUUUACCUGCAGUUUGAUCUCUGUCUCUGUUUUGGAGUUCAACACUGUGGAGGUCCAGCCUGGUGAACAGGUCACACUCAUGUGCUCCAACUUUACCAAUUUAUACUCUCACAUAUUCUGGUUCAGACUGACCAGCAGAGCCAGCAUCGGCUACAUCUCCUCUAUGACGACCCCUGAUACCAAAGCUUUGCUCCGUGAUGGAUUUCAAAAUGGCAAAUUUAAUAUGACCUCCAACACCACUACUAUCUUUCUCACCAUCCAACCAGUGGAUGUGUCUGACUCUGGACUGUAUUUCUGUGGAAUUUCCCCAGAUGGGAAAUCAGUAAUUGACAGUGCAACAUAUCUAAAUGUUCAAGAAUGUCCUCAUGAAACAACGAGCCUGAGUGUGAUCCUGGGUGCUCUGAAUGUUUCCCUCAUCAUCAUUGUCACUGCUAUGACUGUCAGAAUCUGCAAACUUCAGACAGCUGAUGGUGAAGAACAGAAUCCACAACAGAGUGAGAGCUUGGACUCUGAUGACCUGAAAGCCGCAGCGCUGAGUUUGUACCCAGCAUCAAUAAGAAGCAGAAGGCCUGCAUCACACAGAGAAGUGGAGACCCGUGUGAUGUAUGCGGCCAGCAGAUAGUUAACAUCUGUCUGCAGCUGUGGAGGA